AACACGAUAGCCAGGCGGGCCCCGCCCUGGCCAGUGAUUGAUCAGUAAACAUCGCUGUGGCUUUAAUGGUCCACUUGGAUGGAAAUUAAUUCUGGAAUGGAUAAAUAAUGCAUCAGGAUUUAUGUAGUCCAAGGCAAGCUGGAGCCAGGAGAGGGAGCCGAGGGGGUGACGCCAGUGGCCUCGGGGGCUCCAAAGAGCUAGGCAUGAAGGGCCACUUGCCAAGAAGAGAAAAGCAAAGCGGAUGGCAGCAUGAUCGGCCCAGCAAUUGUGGCCAGGCGGCUGCAGCAUGCUGAGCCCAAAGAUCAGACAGGCCAGGAGGGGGUAAAACAGGCUCUAGCAGCUGCCCUGAGAAUCCCCCUGGGAAUGAACUGUGUCUAAUUUGAAGCCCACUGGGAGGGAGGGAGCAUGAAGAUCCGAAAAGGGAUCCAAGAGAAUUUGGGCAGAGCUUCUGCGAAACACAAUUUGAAAGGUAUCUUGGAGCAUUCUCAGAAGAAUUCCUUAGCAUCAGACACCACAGCUCGCUCCAAGAGCCUGGUGAUGGGGGAACAGAACCGGAGCCCAGGGAGGCCUCUGGCCCCCCACAAGCUGGGCCCUGUACUCAAGGCCGGCUGGCUGAGGAAGCAGAGGAGCAUCAUGAAGAACUGGCAGCAGCGAUGGUUUGUGCUACGUGGGGAUCAGCUCUUCUACUACAAAGACAAAGAUGAGGGCAAGCCUCAGGGAUUUAUUUCUCUACAAGGGACACAAGUGACCGAACUUCUUCCAGACCCUGAGGACCCGGGGAAGCACUUGUUUGAGAUCACACCAGGUAGGCCCAGGGGUUGUUGUGCCACUGGGGUCCUGGUGGCCCCAUAG